AUGAAAGUAUUCGUCACUGGUGGUUCAGGCUGGGUAGGGAAGCACGUCGUACCAGAGUUGAUCGCUCAUGGGCAUAAGGUAUUAGCACUAGCUAGAUCUAACGAUGCUGCCAAAGCACUCGAAGGACAAGGUGCUCAAGUCGUUCGGGGGACCCUGGAAGAUAUUGAUAUCCUACAAAGCUCAGCCAAAGAUUCGGAUGCGGUGAUUCAUUUAGCUUAUAUCCACGACUUUGCUAAUUUUGCUGGCAAACCUGCUCAAGUCGAUUUCGCAGCUGUCAAAGCGCUCUGUUCCGCACUGGCAGGGACCAACAAGCCAUUCGUCGGAACAUCAGGUCUUGUCGGACUAGGCGGUGAACAAAAUGAAACUGAUAAAGCUGGAGGUGGACAAAGACAAGAAUCAGAAGAUAUAGCAUUUUCUUUCACUUCCAAAGGACUUCGACCCAUCGUUAUAAGAUUAGCACCUUGCGUACACGGUGAUGGCGAUUGGGGAUUCAUAGUGUUUUUAACUAAAAUCGCUAAAGAAAAAGGUCAUACAGCUUACAUCGAUAAAGGUGAUAAUGAAUGGGUCGGAGUACACGUUAAAGAUGCUGCGAAAUUAUAUAGAUUAGUGAUUGAGAAUCAAAGUAUUCCAGGAGGAACAGCGUUGCACGCUGCCGAACCAAAAGGUCUCAAAUUCAAACAAGUUAGUGAAAUAAUCAAUAAGAAAUUGGAUCUCAAGGAAGAACCUAAAAGCGUUUCGGGAGAUCAAGCAGGUGAAUAUUUCGGUUUUAUGAAACACUUCGCUGGUGGUAAUACUCAACCAAAAACGCAAAUUACAAAAAAUCUUACUGGAUGGGAACUCACUGAGAAAACUCUAGAAGAAGAUUUGGAAACUGGUACGUACUUUGAUUAG